AUGAAUCAAAACCUCAACCAAAUCUCGCGCCAGAUGCCCUUUGGACACACAGACUACGUGCCGCCGGAUGAGACGCGCAAUUUUAAAGCCUUAGUCCCACUAGCUGAUGAAAUUAAGGACCGACUCGACACCAAACCCAGUAUCGUAUUGAAAGUCGACUCGGAACAGUAUCCUCCCGAGUUGGUGACUCGAUUUGAGACGGAGAUAAGGGAGAAUCCUCUGCCUGCACUCGAUUAUCACAAGUUGCUCUGGGGCAGGCGCACCUCGAAGUACUUUGAACUCAACUCCGUGUACAAUGGCUCCCUAAGUCCCUUUAGCAGUCCCAACAAACAGCACCGAUCUCUGACCGUGAUGCAGCGCACCCGCGAACGCGAAGAACCCAACCUUCCUGCAUUGGAGUCCUACUACCGCGGCAUAUCGGCAAGCCCAUUCCAGAUAAAUCACAUUGCCUGCCAUCUCUUUGACCAACCCAUUACUCUAUCCCAUGCCAAGAAGUUAAAACUAAGACUGGGGCAUGAUUUGGUGAUGCUUAAUGAUCCCGUGUUCAUGCAAUCGCUCUGCAAUCAAAUUCGAAAGGGGAUGGAGAACACCGAAGAGGAGCUGUCGAGGCGUCGUGAGGCAGAGGAAGUGAUGAGAUUGGCAGCCGCGAAGCAGAAGAGCCGAUAUGGAGUGGACGAGUACUUUGAGGCAAUGCAUCUGCCAGAGUUGUGUAGUCAGAAGCCUUGGUUGUGGACGUGUAGGAAGAACGAUCGCGUCACUGCCGAAUGUGGACCAGAGGACGUCCAUAUGAUUAAAUUGCCUCCCAUCCAUCACAAGUGCCCCAGACGCACUCAAAAUCCCUGCUGUUUCAAGCGCUAUCGCAAGCGCUACAAAAAGGUUUGGGUAAAGAACAGUAAUAAAAAGAACGGUUCUAGUGAAGAGGGGAGAUCGCGAAUUUUCCGUAUGGACACCGCGACCUCUGAGGACUUGGACGACGAGGCUGAGAAGGGCGAGUCCGAGGAGGAAGAGGGGCAGCAUGCGUCAAAUGCUGUGACGAUGGGCAAAGGAGAAGAGGGAGAUGAAAAUGAAGAGGAGGCAGAGGAAGAGAAGCAGGUUGACUUCUAUAUGGAUGAUCGAAUGAGCGAGAUGAAGACGGUGUUUAAUCUCUUUGCUAAUGCUCAUGGCAUCCUGAACAACUCAAGGGAGUUCACUAACUAUUCCAUCACCCUAGUGCCUGCGGGGGAGCAAAAAAGUAGGAAAGAAAAUGAAGAGGAGGAGUAUGGAGGUGGAGAAAAUGAGGAAGAAAAACAAGAUGAAAUUAGGGAGUAG